AUGCGUGCCGCUACCCUUGCUCUGGGGGCCCUGUCCCUCGGCCUCACCCAGGCAUGGAAGUAUCCUGACUGUGACCCUGACAACUGCUACAAUGAGAUGACGGAUCCGCGGUUCAAGACCCAGGCCACCGAGUUUUGUCCCGGCUUUUUGGAUGGAAGCGUUAAGGAUAUUCCGGACUACUUGGAGAACUGCAACAACGAUCGCACCGCUGUCAGCUCUGCCUGCUCCUGCGUCACCUAUACCGCUACUCACACGACCGAGGCGCCUACCACCAAGACCAGUGCUCCUCCCGUGACGACUACGACCACGGAUGAUGGCGAAGACUCGGACUGUGACGAUGAGGAGCCGACUAGCACAGUUGCGCCCACGACCUCUGCGCCUGUCAUCACCCAGCCGCCCUCUUCCACCGUGACGAGUGCCCCGCCCGCUUCGUCUACGACUACGGAUGAUGAUUCGGAUUGCGAGGAUGAGCCUGAGACUUCGACGGAGCCGUCCUCUUCUUCCGCUGAUGUUACCCACCCUCCUACCAUCACCCUGCCGCCUUCUUCCUCGGCGGACUGCGAUGAUGAGCCCGAGACUUCUUCGGAUGUUACUCUCCCGCCCUCGUCUUCCGCGACCAUCACGGUUCCUCCCAGCUCCAGUUCGGCGGUCAGCUCUGCUGCUCCUGAGUCUUCGACCACCGACGAGGACUGCGAUGAUGAGCCUGAGACUUCGAUUGACGUUACCGUCUCUCCCUCUUCUUCCGCCACCGUCACUGUUCCUCCCAGCUCUGCCGUGAGCUCCGCUCCCGAGUCUUCGACCACCGAUGAUGGCUGCGAUGAUGAGGAGCCCGAAACUUCUACCUAUGUGUCUACCUCCGCGACCAUUACCGUUCCCCCCUCAAGCUCGGCCAUCAGCACCUCGGCCCCUGUUGUCUCUUCUUCGACCACCGAUGACGGUUGCGACGAUGAGGAGCCCGAGACUUCCUCGGUUGUCGUCGUUCCCUCUUCGUCCGUACCCGUCACCAUUACCUCCGCGGCCCCUGUCUCCUCCACCACUUCCGCCCAGGAGUCCGACACCACCGAGUGGACCACCAGCACCAUCGUCACCACCACCACCCGCACCAUCACCCAGUGCCCCGUUACCGUGACUGACUGCCCUGCUCACUCCACCACCGUGACCACCGAGACCAUCACCAUCGGCACCACCGUUUGCCCUGUUGAGCCUGCUUCUUCCUCCGUCCCGGUCACCUCGGUUCCCAUCACUAUCCCCACCGUCACCUCCUCGGUCCCUGUCACCCACGUCACCGUCACUUCCGCGGCGCCUGUCUCCUCGACCUCGGCUGCUCCCGUCGAGUCUUCUUCUUCGGAGAUUGAGUGGACAACCAGCACCAUUGUCACCACCACCACUCACACCAUCACCAAGUGCCCCAUCACCGUCACCGACUGCCCGGCCGACUCGACCACUGUCACGACCGAGACCAUCACCAUCGGCACCACCGUUUGCCCCGUUGAGCCUACUACUUCCUCAGUCCCCGUCACUAUCGGCACCAUCACUUCUUCGGUCCCUGUCACCAUGCCUAUCGUGACUUCCUCGGCUGCUCCUGUCGUCCCCAGCUCCAGCGCCGUCGUUGUCCCCCCUCCUGCUCCCAGCUCCAGCGCUGUCGUCAUUAGCAGCAACAGCCCCGUCAACAGCGUCUCCGUUCCUCCGGCCCCUGCUCCUAGCAGCGACAGCCCCGUUUACACCGCCACCGGCUCAGCUACCGGCAGCGUCUCUGUUCCUCCUCCCGCCCCGGUUAUCAGCAGCAGUGCGGGCCCUGUCGGCACCAUCAGCUCCGUCGUCGUCGUUCCCGUCCCUAGCUCCAGCGCCAUCCCGCCCCCGCCUAUUGAGGGCGCUGCCAAUGGUGGUGCUGCGGCCAGGAACGGGCUGUUGGGUGUUGCCGGCUUGGUCUUUGCUCUUCUUUAA